UUUCUAUCUUUUUUUUUUUUUUUGUUUUUUUUCUCUGGAAUGCUAAAAUUCCUUUUUCUAUUUGCAGAAAUUAAAUUUCAAUUUUCAAAGCCCUCAUAGCCCUUUUAAUCGCACAGCUAUUAAUGGCCGUUGUCAUGUCCGACAACCGCCCAUCUCGCCGUGUUAUGAAUGUUCCUUCUUCUCCGGCUCUUUCUCUCACCCUUGCUGGGGUUUUCCAGAAUGCGGUGGAUAUGGGCGCCGACGCGCCGGUGAGGAGAGAGGACAGCUGCAGUGACAACUCUGAGCCGGCGGGGUCGAGGUCGGCGGAGGAUUUGGGCGUCGAGCCUGAUGAUGAAGAUGAAGAUGAAGAUAAGGGACUGGGGAAUAGAAAAAAGAGGAAGAAUCGUCAUACUUCAGAGCAAAUCAGAGAAAUGGAGAAGGUGUUUAAAGAGUCUCCUCAUCCAGAUGAGAAACAGAGGCAGAAACUCAGUGAGAAUCUUGGUCUUCAUUCUAAGCAAAUCAAGUUCUGGUUUCAGAAUCGAAGAACACAAAUCAAGGUCAGUCUCGAGCGUCAGGAAAUGGAGAAAUUGCGAGAAGAAAACCAAGCACUGAAGGAAAUGAUCAACAAAUCUUCUUGCCUUAAAUGUUGUUCUUCAGCAAACUCCAUCGCCAUUUCCAUGGAUUCCAUGUUCACAAGUUCUGACCAAAAGCAACAACAAUUAGUAACUGAAAUAGUUCGACUCAAAGCCGAGGUCGAGGGAUUGAAAACGGCUCUGGAACAAUACGCUCCUGCUGGAACAUCGAGGUCAAGAUUGGGGGAGAGCGAGGAUGCGAUUGAAGGUAGAAGAAAUUUGGAGAAAUCGAAGAGGAUUUUCGGUCUGGAGAAAGCUAGGGUUAUGGAGAUAGCGAAGAAAGCGAUUGAGGAGGUCGUGAAAAUGGCGGAUUCCGGGGAGCCGCUUUGGAUUCGAAGCUUUGAAACAGGACGAGAACUGCUGAAUUACGACGAGUACAUGAAGCAAUUCGCCGGCGAAUACGAGCAGCAGCCGAAGGGAGAAAUCGAAGCGUCGAGAGAAUCCGGCGUGGUGUUCGUAGAUCUUCAUCGAUUGGUUCAGAGCUUCAUGGAUGUGGUUCAAUGGAAGGAAAUGUUUCCCUCCAUAAUCUCGAAGGCGUCGACCAUCGAGGUCGUCUGCAAUGGCGACGGGUCCACCCGGAAUGGCGCAGUUCAACUCAUGUUUGCGGAGCUCCAAAUGCUCACUCCCGUCUUCCCCCCAAGAGAAGUCUAUUUCAUUCGAACUUGCAAACGACUAAGUCCCGAAAAGUGGGUCGUCGCUGAUGUUUCGAUCAACAACGUUGGUGAUAGUAUAGACUCAUCCCCCUCCUUUUGUAGGAAACGACCCUCAGGUUGCAUCAUUGAGGAUACAUCUAACGGUCAUUGUAAGGUCAUAGUCUUAGAGCACUGGGAAUGCCAGAAGACCAAACUUCGAACGAUGUAUCGAACCAUUGUGAAUAGCGGUUUGAUAUUCGGGGCAAGGCAUUGGAUGGCCACAAUGCAAACCCAUUGUGAAUGGCAGGUUUUCUACAUGGCCACCAACGUUCCCAUGAAGGAUUCCACUGGAAUCACCACUCUUGGUGGGAGAAAAAGUGUUCUUCGAUUGGCACAGAGAAUGACAUCUAGUGUUUAUCAAGCCAUGGGUGCUUCCAGCAGCCAUACAUGGACCAAGGUCCAGAGCAAAAUAGGUGAAAACAUAAGAGUUGCUUCAAGAAAGAACUUAAAUGAUCCACGAGAACCUCUUGGUUUAAUCUUGUGUGCAGUUGCUUCAGUGUGGCUACCUAUUUCUCCUAAACUCUUGUUCGAAUUCUUGAUCAAUGGAUCCCGACGAAUCGAGUGGGAUGUGAUGUUGAGUGGUCCAGUUGAAACGCUAGCAGUGUUUGCCAAAGGACAGAAUCGAGGCAAUGCUGUUACUAUCCAAGCAAUAAAAUCAGAUGAAUCCAACAAGUGGAUUAUACAAGAUACUCUAACAAACGAUUACGAAUCAACAGUGAUCUAUGCUCAAAUUGACAUUACAAGCAUGCAGUCUGUGAUGGUUGGAUGUGACCCGAGCACCAUCACGACGUUACCUAUGGGCUUCUCGAUCCUCCCAGACGGGCACCCACCGAGGGCAUCGGUUAUCAGUAAAAGCAAAGAAGAGAGGGUCACAGAAGGAGGUUCGUUGCUAACAAUAGCUACUCAAACGUCGCAGUCUGCCGAGUAUGUUAACGAUUUCGUAUCACAUAUGUUAGAGAAUAUUAAAGCAAGCCUUCAAGUAGAGGAUGAUUAGGUAUUAAUAUUUCUUAUUGAAAUUUAUUCAAAUCAACAUAUUUUUUACCCUAACCCUGUAGUGAUUUAUAGACUGUUAGCUGUUCAAGUA